ACCUUGCAAGAAGAAACGUCGCCAGGAGGCGAUAUAAGCUGUGGGAGGCAUGCCCGGGCGUGCGUUGCAGCCAGCCCGCCCACACGCGCCGCACGGCCCAGAGCCAAGCCAAGCCCAGCGCACGCACACACACACCCAACAGCGCACGCACGCACGCACCGCGCCGCACAAUGGCGCCGCAGCCGAAAGACAUCAUCGACCUCAGCCAGCCGCUCGCGACGGACAGGGUGUACGCCUGCGAGGGGCACCCGCGCUUCAACGCGUGCUGCAUCUCGCACGUCUCCGACGGCGCGUUCGCGACCGUGCACAGCCUCGCGCUCGCGACGCACACCGGCACGCACGUCGACGCGCCGUACCACUUCUUCGCGGACGGCGCGCGCGUCGGCGCGCUCGACCUCGCGCUCCUCACCGCCGCGCCCGCCGUCGUCGCGGACCUCCGCGCCAAGGGGCCCCGCGAGAAGAUCACGUGGGACGACCUCCGCCCGUACGCGGCACGCAUGCAGCGCGGCGUCGCGCUCGUGCUCUGCACCGGCUGGUCGCAGCAGUGGGGCACGCCGGCCUAUGCCACGCACCCGUACCUCGACCCCGCGGUCGCACCAAAGAUCCUCGAGGCUGGUGUGCGCGUCGUCGCAUGUGACAUGAUGAGCCCCGACCUCGUCACCGACGAAGAGGGCGACUGUGGGCUCUUCCACCGCGCGUGGCUUGGCGAGGGCGCGAUCAUCGUCGAGAACUUGAACGCCGUGGAUAGGCUGCUCGCCGUUGACCAGGAGAGGCUGAGGGUCAGCUUUACACCUCUGAACCUUGUCGAUUGCGAUGGGAGCCCGAUUCGUGCUGUUGCUUGGGAGGAGAAGUAGGAGAGCGAAGGAAAGGAGAAACAUCAACUUGUAUUUCUACGGACUCUCGAGGACUUCAUGCUGUGGUAACUGUAUACCCGUAGGAUGUCCUAGGGAACUCUAAAACUACAUUGUAUGAUUAUGAGCAACCACUGCACUAAUAGAAGCUUCCUGCAAUGCAACACACCUUAGUCUACAGCCCUCCAUGCCAUCGCCCGCACAGGCGACCCAUCACAUCCACAGAUUUUAAGCGGCACCAGGCUUACAAUCCACUGUCCACCCUGAAUCGCCUCCAAACUUGUCAGAUUCUCUGCGAUAACGACGUCCGUACCGAGGACGACCUUGUGAAAGGCAUAGCUGUGCUGCGCCGCCUCUGCUUCGUCUAGGAUGGUCUCAUCAGGACUCAGAGUGUCGAUGCCGACCAAGCGUACGCCAGUCUCGACGAUGCGACGUGCAGCCUCGGCAGAAACGUAUGGAUGGUCAAAAUAUCUCGGCGUGCCCCAAUACUUGGACCACCCCGUUCGCAACAGCAGUAUUGCCCCCUUCUGAGCCCUCACCGCAUCCUCAUACUUCGCCAGGUCUGCCCACUGGAUCUCUUCCCUGUCGCGCAGCUCCCGCCCGAGACUCUGCACAGUGAGAUCGGCCACUACUGCUGGGCCGACGAACGUCGAGAGCGGUAUCUCGUCAAUUUUCCUACCAUCCUCGAAGAAAUGGUAGGGCGCGUCGACGUGUGUUCCAGAAUGAGAGCCGAGGUUGAUGCGCUGGACGUUCACGCCAUGUGCGGACAGUGUCAGGUGUGAGCAACAGCUGAACUCAGGGUCGCCAGGGUAGAUUGUGAUGUUCGAGUCAAGUGUGUGUGAAAGGUCAACAGUAUCUGGCAUUUUGUCGCGUCGUGGUUGUUUCAGACAGGGAGCAAGGUCCG